UAACCGAAUGUGGACGAAACAAUGAAGACAAAUUGCAUGGCAUGGAAAAAGAAAUCAAGGACAAACUAAGUGUAUUUGCAAAACCAAAUGCCGAUGAGUUGAAAACCAUGAUGAAUUACGCCGCCAUCAAACAAGCUCACCUGAAAUCGAUAGGUGAGAAAAUCGAAGAGGUACCUGCUGGUUCGACGAUUGAAGUGGUCUUUGAUAAUUACACCAAAAAUUUGGCUCUUGACGGAUGCGUCUACGCUGGUGUUGAAAUUAAAACAUAG